UCCGUCGUCUAUAUCGCUAGUGAGUCGAACGGCGCCAUUUUCUUAUAUGCCGUCGAGUUGACGUGCGUGUGUUACCGUAGUCUAACGAGUUAUUUUAUCUUAACCCUUAUCUAUUUUUAUCGUGAAGAUGGGCAGGAAGAAGAAGAAGCAGAUGAAACCAUGGUGUUGGUAUUGCAACAGAGACUUUGACGAUGAGAAAAUUUUGAUUCAGCACCAGAAAGCCAAACACUUUAAAUGCCACAUUUGUCAUAAAAAGUUGUAUACAGGUCCUGGUUUGGCUAUACAUUGCAUGCAGGUACACAAAGAAACUAUAGAUGGUGUUCCCAAUGCGAUACCUGGCAGGACAGACAUAGAGCUGGAAAUCUAUGGCAUGGAAGGCAUUCCAGAAAAAGAUAUGGAAGAAAGAAGACGACUACUGGAACAGAAGACGGCAGCAGAAAGUCAAAAAAAGAAGCAGAAUAAUCAAGAUGAUUCAGAUUAUGAUGAUGACGAUGAUGAGCCAGGGCCAUCUUUCCAGCAAGCUCCUGUACAGCCUCAGCCUGGGUUUAUUCCUCCAAUGACACAACCAGGCAUGCCACCAGUCCCUGGUACCCCAGGAAUGCCUCCGGGUAGCUUUUCAGGAAUGCCUCCUAUGAUGCCAGGAGUUCCUCCUAUGAUGCAUGGAAUGCCACCAGUAAUGCCAGGAAUGCCUCCGGGUAUGAUGCCAAUGGGAGGUAUGAUGCCACCUGGACCGGGAAUGCCACCAAUGAUGCCAGGCAUGCCCCCAGGUAUGCCUCCACCUGUUGGGCCUCGUCCAGGUUUGCCUCAUAUAGCACAGGCUCCACCAGUCACUGCACCGGCUAUGUUAAAUGGUCCGGCACUGCCUGUGGUCACAGUGUCAAAUCCACAGCCACCCAUUACAAAGCCCUUGUUUCCCAGUGCAGGACAAAUGGGGACUCAUGUUCCAAGCACAAGUACAACCUCAUCCAGUGCAGACAGUCUGUCACCGUCUUCUAAACCUCUGUUUCCUAGCACAGCACAAACUCCACAGGCUGUGCCAGGACCACUUGGUACUGAUUUCAAGCCCCUUAGCACACCUGCAACUUCUGCAGAACCUCCUAAACCAACAUUCCCAGCAUACACUCAGUCAACUGCUUCAACCACUAAUGCCACUAACAGCACUGUAACUAAACCAUCCGCGACUGUCACAAGUAAGCCAGCUACCCUCACUACAGCGAGUGCAACUAGUAAGUUGAUCCACCCUGAUGAGGAUAUCUCAUUGGAAGAGAGGAGGGCACAGUUGCCUAAAUACCAGCGAAAUCUUCCAAGACAAGGGCAGCAGUCCAUUAGUGCUCCCCCUGUGGGGCCAAUGGGAAGCAUGAUUCCGCCACAGCAAGGAAUGCCUCCUCAGCAGCCAGGAAUUAGGCACUCUAUGCCCCCACAUGGACAAUAUGGCGGCCCUCCUCAGGGGAUGCCAGGUUACAUGCCUGGUGGGAUGCCUCCCUAUGGACAGGCACCUCCAAUGGUUCCUCCAUUUCAAGGUGGGCCACCCCGACCUCCAAUGGGAAUGAGACCUCCCGUUAUGUCACAAGGAGGCCGUUAUUGAAGCUGCUCCAUCAGGAAUAGGUUUGGAGAUUAAAGCUUUUCUCAUCUUGUGAUGUGUUAGUAAUCAAAAGGCCAGAACUAAGCCUUUGUGACAUAAUGAGAAAGAGAAACUACCUUCCUAAGAUGAGGAGAAAGUUUGCAACGCAUGGGACUUUGUUUUACAUAACCUUUUUAAUUAAAAAGGAAUACACGCCAUUGUUACAGAUGAUAUACUGUGGCUUUUUUUUUUCUCCUCAUGUUUCAUUUAGGUAUUUUAGAAGUGAAGUUUAGUAAAUAUGGUUACUCCAGCGCCUCCAAAAUUUUACGAACAUGAACAUAUCAACUUUAAAGGCAAGUUCUGUGCAUUACAUUGUUCUACAGAAAGUGAGGCCUUCACAGCACUUUAUGUGCUGUUGGACCCUAUGUCCCCAACACUGUUUGGUGAGGGCUUCAGUCUUAAGUCCCAGUAUGUGUAUGUUGCGUCUUAAUGUGACAAUUACAUGUAUUUAGAAUUGUUUCCUGUUGCAGGCUCAAUCUUUGACCACCAAGUAGGUCUUGUGAUUUUCCUCCUGUACUGUUGUAAAAUUUCUUGUAAUAAAAUGUGAUCAAAACUU